ACUGACAGCCACGAAGUAAGUUAAUAAAUAUAUCAAUUGAUUACGAUGAGUGCUGACGAAAACGAUGCUCUUUUAGCAGCAUUAAACGCUGAUCAACCCCAACCCGAAGUUUCGUCCGUUGAUCCUGAGAGAGAACGGGCCCUUUCUAAAUUCAAAGACAAAUUAUUAGAACACAGAAAAUGGGACUCUCGAUUAAAGGAAUUGCGUCUUUCUAUACGAGACUUGGAGAAGGAUUACGAAAAGACCGAGAAUGACAUCAAAGCAUUGCAAUCAGUAGGUCAAAUCAUUGGGGAAGUUUUGAAACAAUUGGAUGAUGAACGAUUCAUUGUCAAGGCUUCUAGUGGACCCAGAUAUAUUGUUGGGUGCAGAAACACAAUCAAGAAGGAAAACUUAAGAAAUGGUGUCAGAGUUUCUUUGGAUAUGACUACAUUGACAAUCAUGAGAAUCUUGCCUAGAGAAGUCGAUCCGUUGGUGUACAAUAUGACUACGUUCGAACCUGGAGAAAUCUCAUUCAACGGUAUUGGUGGGUUGAAUGAACAAAUUAGAGAAUUGAGAGAAGUCAUUGAAUUGCCAUUGAAGAACCCAGAAUUGUUUACCCGUGUUGGUAUCAAGUCUCCAAAGGGGGUGUUAUUGUACGGUCCUCCAGGUACUGGUAAGACCUUGUUGGCCAAGGCGGUAGCAGCCACCAUUGGUGCAAACUUUAUAUUCUCCCCCGCAUCGGCCAUUGUCGACAAGUAUAUUGGUGAAUCCGCUCGUUUAAUCAGAGAAAUGUUUAGUUAUGCCAAGGAACACGAGCCAUGUAUCAUUUUUAUGGAUGAAGUUGAUGCCAUUGGUGGAAGAAGAUUCAGUGAAGGUACUUCUGCCGAUCGUGAAAUUCAACGUACUCUUAUGGAAUUAUUAAACCAAAUGGAUGGGUUUGACUCACUUGGACAAACUAAGAUUAUAAUGGCUACAAACAGACCAGAUACUUUGGAUCCGGCGUUAUUGAGAGCUGGUAGAUUGGAUAGAAAGAUUGAAAUCCCCUUGCCUAACGAAAGUGGAAGAUUGGAAAUCUUCAAGAUUCAUACCAGUAAGGUUUCCAAGCAUGGAGAAUUCGAUUUUGAAGCCAUGGUUAAAAUGAGUGAUGGAUUCAAUGGGGCUGAUAUCAGAAAUGUUGUUACUGAAGCUGGUUUCUUUGCUAUUAGAGAAGACAGAGAUUAUAUUUUACAGAAUGACAUGAUGAAGGCCGUGCGGAAGGUUGCUGAUGUUAAGAAAUUGGAGGGUAAGUUGGAUUAUGAGAAGUUGUAGUCGGUGUAAGCCAAGAGCAUUAUGUAUACGUUAAUACAGAGCAUUAUUUACAUUGUUGCAAGGAUAUCUUCUACUACUACUACAAGUACGAGUUCUUACUAUGAAUAUGUAUUAUGUACAAGAUAUUAUUUACUGCUGUAAUUCAGCCAUGUUCUUUUCAAAGUCGGGGUUUGGAACUUUAGAUAAUCCUUCUAAAUGAGCAAGCAUGGCUUCACUUUCAAUCUUAUUAAUAUGAUCGGCCAUCUUACUACCAAUAAAUUCUUUAAUUUCAUCGGACAAUGGAGUAAGUUUCUUGGCACUAGCUUGUUCUUGUUUCUUGGCCAAGUAAAUCUUUUGCUCUUUAGUCAAUGGCAUAUCUGGAUAGUUCAACUUGUAUGCUUGUAAUGCAGUCAAGGUUCUCUUUUUGUAUUGGGAAUAAGGAUUACGUAAUUCCGGUAAUGCGUCUUCUGGAACUGGUGGUUGACCAAUGGUUUGGAAUUCCCAGGUCUUUUCCAAAGCGGCACUUUCCUUGGUACUUAAUUCCCCAUCUUCAACUUCUUCUGGUGCAGGCCAGGGGAUUUCUACUGAUUCGUGGUGUUUUACGAAACGUCUAGGUAACCAUCUCUUAUAUCUAUCGUCAUAGUACUGGUCCUUGAGGAUAACUUCAUCAGCUACGACGUAACUGACUUUCCCGUUUUCGUCUUUAUCCUUACCGGCUAAUUUUAUACUAGUCAAAGGCAUGAAUUUAGGCAUAUCGAUAACGUGGGAAGUGGUACCCUCGGUCCAUCUAGAUUUAGGAAGAAUUCUUUGUUCAGUAUGGUCCGAGAUCAUGACAUGGUUGUAUUCGGGAUUGUACAUGUACACUUUAGCGAUUGAUCCUUUCUUUUCACCCUCGGUGACAUAAACUAAAUCUCCUUGAGUUAUCCCAACUUGGAAAUCGGUUUUUCUUUCAUGUUUAGGUAAUUUGUAAGGAGUGAAAUUUUCAAAAGUGGGCAUGGAAGUCCCUUGGACUUUCUUUUUCCAGUAUUCCUUGAGUACUCCAGUGUACUUUUCCGGAUCUCUCUUGAAUCUAUGUCUAGCUACUGUCCAGGACAUGUUUGUUACUGUUAGCUUUGAUUUGUAUAGGUU